AGGUCUGGAGAGGGGAAGAUUGUGGAGCGUUUCUGUCGGGGUCUCAUGUGCGAGAACUGCGCAGCCGGGACGGGGACUUCGCGUGGCCUGGAGCUUUGCUGAGAGCCGCAUUCUUGUGGCGGGGGCGGAAGUGGUACGUCUCGGGCCGCCCUCCGGCCCAGGCGGGGCCGCAGUGUCCGUGUCUGGCCUGGAUCUCGGCCCUGGGAAGCUGAAUCUUCACCGUCCUCUACACUGUCCCAAAAACUACCGAAAAUGAACAUAUCUAAGACAUCAGUGUCAUUCAGGGACGUGACUGUGGAGUUUACCCUGGAGGAGUGGCAGUGUAUGAGCUCUGCUCAGAAGACCCUGUACAGAGAUGUGAUGCUGGAGAACUACAGCCUCCUUGUCUCAUCAGGGUAUUGUUUAACAAAACCAGAUGUAAUCGUCAAGUUGGAGCAAGACGAUCCAUUGUUGUUAGAGGAAGAGAUUCUAAGCAAGAGCCAUGCAGACUGCAAACUUGAUAACCUCUUAGAGAAAAGCCUGGCAAAUCAAGGAAAAUAUCUGCAGCAAGACUUUUUUGCUCAACUUCAGAAUAAAGACACAGUUGAGAAAACUUUCCGCCAGGAGUUACACUGCAGAGAACAUCAGAGCACUCACUCAGAAAUAAAGCCCUUUGAAAUUGGAAGUAACUUAAGCCCUAAUGCAGCCCUUACCAUAUCCCAGAAACUUGACACAAAGAGGAGCUUCUGUGAUGAUACCAUAUUUUGGCAAACCUUAUACCCUCAGACUACCUUUACUGUACAUCAGAGAACUCAAAUGAGUGUGAAACCCUAUGAAGAAUGUGGAAAAUCCUUCUCUAGGAAGUCAUACCUCAUUGGACAUCAGAGAACUCAUAGUGGGGAGAGACCUUAUGCAUGCAAUGAAUGUGAGAAAACUUUUACCCACAUGUCAUACCUCAGAGAACAUCAGAGAAGUUGCAUAGGGGAGAAACCCUAUGAAUGUAUUGAAUGUGGGAAAGCUUAUGGCCAUAAAUCAACCCUAAAAAGACAUCAGAGAACUCACACAGGGGAGAAACCCUAUGAGUGUAGUAAAUGUGGAAAAGCCUUCUAUAGAAAUUCUCACCUCACUGAGCAUCAGAAAAGUCACACAGGGGAGAAACGCCAUGAAUGUACUGAAUGUGGGAAAGCUUUUACCCACAUAUCAUACCUCAGAAAACAUCAGAGACGUCACACAGGGGUGAAACGCUAUGAAUGUGGUGAGUGUGGAAAAUCUGUCUGUAGGAAGUCAUACCUCAUUGUGCAUCAGAGAAUUCACACAGGGGAGAAAGCCUAUGACUGUAAUAAAUGUGGGAAAACUUUUAGACAUAAGUCAUCCCUAAAAAUACAUCAGCGUACUCACACGGGAGAGAAACCCUACGAGUGUAAUAAAUGUGGAAAAUCCUUCAAUAGAAAAAGUUACCUCAGUGAACAUCAGAGAAGUCACACAGGGGAGAAACCCUAUGAUUGUAAUAAAUGUGGAAAAUCCUUCCAUAGAAAGAGUUACCUCACUGAGCAUCACAGAAUUCACACUGGGGAGAAACCCUAUGAGUGUAACAGAUGUAGAAAAUCCUUCUAUAGAAAGUCUUACCUCAUUCUGCAUCAGAGAAGUCACACAGGGGAGAAACCCUAUGAGUGUAACAAAUGUGGAAAAUCCUUCUAUACAAAGUCUUACCUCACUGAGCAUCAGAGAAGUCACACAGGGGAGAAACCCUAUGAGUGUAACAAAUGUGGAAAGUCCUUCUAUAGAAAGUCUAACCUCAUUGAGCAUCAGAGGAAUCAUACAGGGGAGAAACCCUAUGUAUGUAUUCAAUGUGGGAAGGCUUUUAACUGGAAGUCAUUACUAAGUAGACAUCAGAGAAUUCACACUGGGAGAAACCCUAUGGAUGUAAUGAAUGUCAGAAAGUUUUCACCUAUAAAGUCAACCUCAGGUUACAUCAGAGGGUCCACACAUGAGAGAAACCCUAUGAAUGUAAUACGUGUGAAAUAUCUCUCUCUAGGAAGUUUCACUUCACUCGGCCUCAGAGAAUUCACACAGGACAGAAACGUUAGGAGUGUAACAAGGGUGGAAAAUCCUUCAAGAGAAAUUCUCAUCUACCUCUGCAUCAUGGAAUUCACACGGGAGAAACCCUGUGAAUGGGUUGAAUGUGAAAAAGCUUUUAGCCAAAUGCCAGUCCUAAACACUUCAGAGAACUCACACUGGGGAGAAAUCCUAUUAUUAAUGAAUGUGGGAACGUUUUCAUCUACAAACAACCUCAGAGUACGUCAGACAGUCCCCAUGUGGGAGAAACCCUAUGAAUGUAAUGGAUAUGGGGAAACUUUGACUGGAAGUGCAGCAUCAGAGGACUCAGGGGAAGAUCAAUUAAUAUAAUAAACCUGGAAAUUUUCCCUUUGAGAAAUCAACCAUCAAUCAACAAAACUCACAGAGCAAUCCCUCAUGUGUAUUGUGUAUGGAUAGUGUUUCAACCAGAUUUCAGCCCUCAUUGGACAUUAGAGGACUCACACAAGUGGUAAAUCCUUGAAAUUAAUCACUUAUGAACAGUCUUUCCACCAGACUACUCAAUGGGUGUUAGAAAUUUACACAGGAAAAAAAUUCCUGUGAAGGUAAUGGAUGAGGAAAACUUCUCUCCCCAAAGACUACCUUCAAUUUAAUUGUACUGGAAUCCAACAUGAGGGUUGUGGGAAUUAUGCACUUUUUAUACAAAAACCAUCACCAUGUAAAUAUGUUAGAGGAUACAUUUGGUUAAUUAAAAUACGUAUGUCCCGGGCUUCCCUGGUGGCGCAGUGGUUGAGAGUCCGCCUGCCGAUGCAGGGGACACGGGUUCGUGCCCCGGUCCAGGAAGAUCCCACAUGCCGCGGA